GCCUGACUUAGGACAUCCAUUUGAUUGACUGCGGACAUUCAAGAUUGUUUUUACUCAGACAUGGUGAGCUUUGACGAUAUCCUGGUUGAGGUUGGCCCCUUCGGACGGGCUCAAAAGCGCAUUUUCGCUCUGUUGUGUCUGGUGUCUCUGUCCAUGGCCUGGACCUACGUGGGGAUAGUGUUCCAGGGCUACACUCCUCCUCACUGGUGCAGACAGCCCGGGUUGGAGGAGCAGAGGCAGACCUGUGGAUGGACCGUUCAGGACAGUGUGAGGAGGAGCGUGCCUCUGCUGAAUGAGUCCGGGGAACUCCAGCCCAACUCCUGUCUGCAGUACGAUGUGGAGCUGAACCAGAGCGCUGUGAGCUGUGAGCAGAGCCAGGACCUUGACCUGAGUGGGGCCGCUCUCACCAACUGCAAGAAUGGCUGGGAGUACGAUUAUGAAGGCAGAAAGUCCUUUGUCACAGAGUUUGACCUGGUGUGUUCAGACGGCUGGAUGGUGGACAUGUACCAGUCCACACUCAAUGUGGGCUUCCUCGUCGGCAGCUUUAUUUUUGGAUAUAUUGCAGACAGGUUUGGGAGGCGGAUUUCUUUUCUCUUAUGCAAUAUUGUCAGUAUGAUUUGUAGCGCAUCUAUUGCUCUGGCUCCUAACUUCCUGGCCGUCCUCGUGCUCCGGGCUGUCCUCGGACUGGGGAUCAAAGGCAGCUGGAUGACCUGCUAUGUACAGUUGACAGAGAUAGUGGGUUUGGAGUAUAGGCGCCUGGUGGGCAUCCUCUACCAGAUGGUGAUCAGUGUGGGCAUCAUCGCCAUGGUGAUGCUGGCCUAUUACAUCCCGGACUGGCGAUGGCUUCAGGUGGUCUGCUCGGUUCCAAGUCUCCUCUUCCUUUCCUACUUCUGGUUCGUCCCUGAAUCUCCACGCUGGCUCCUCUCCCAAAACAGAGCACCUGCAGCGCUGAAGAUCACCAAAAAAAUGGCCAAAGAAAAUAAGAAAAAUCUUUCAGUCAAGAACAUAGAGUCUUUUGAGGCAGUGACGGAUGAACCCGGAGACUCUCCUUCUGCAUCUUUCCUGGACCUGUUCAGAACUCCCAAUAUGAGGAAGCACACUUUUAUUCUUAUGUUCAACUGGUUCUGCAGUGCUUUGGUGUACCAGGGCCUGAUCAUGAGGGUGGGGAUCACAGACGGGAACGUGUACAUAGACUUCCUGAUCUCUGGUCUGGUGGAGUUCCCUGCGGCCUUCCUCAUCCUCUUCACAAUCGAGAGGAUAGGCCGAAGACUCCCGUUCGCUACAGCCAACUUUGUGGCAGGAGCAGCCUGUUUUAUCACUGCUGGUAUUCCUGACAGUAUGACCUGGCUCAAAACAGCAGUGGCCUGCAUUGGUCGUCUUGGUAUCACCAUGGCCUUUGAGAUGGUGGUCUUUGUCAACUCUGAGCUCUACCCCACAUAUGUAAGAAACUUUGGCGUAUCUGUCUGCUCCUCUCUGUGUGACGUGGGGGGCAUUAUCUCUCCGUUCAUCCUGUACAGACUGGCUGCUGUGUGGAUUGAGCUGCCUCUCAUCAUCUUCGGGGUCAUAGCGUGCAUCGCUGGAGGUCUGGUUCUGCUUCUGCCUGAAACUAAAGGUGUUCCUUUGCCAGAAACAAUUGAUGACAUAGAAUUUCCAAACAAGAAAAACAACCCUCAAAUGGAAAUGCUGAACCACGGCACAGACAAAGAAACAGAUGUUUGAAUGAGGAAUAUUUUUUAAUUAACUAAAGUUUAUGCUUUUGAUUUGUGUCAAUACACUGUACUUUUAUUGGAAAACUUUCACUGUGUACUGUGUUAAACCAAAGAUCUUACAUUUAAAGUGUAUAAAGAUAAGUCUAUACAUGUGCUAUUACUUUCC